CUGAGCCAGAUCAAUCCAAUCCAUACCGUUUACAUAGACAUGCAAUUAAAUGAAUUUACCCGCUUCUCUUUUCUUUGAAUAACUACAUUUAGUCAGUGCUGAAGGUAAGCAACGAAUCUCUGAAGGAUGAAAAUACAGUUUUAACGAUGAACUAGUUGCAUAAAACUCCAGUACACAACUUAGUUAUUUCAAUGCCACCAUUGAAUACACCAUUUGAUAUCGGCGAGGAAGAGUUUAUGAAAUUAAAUUUUACUAACCCAGUUAGGAAUUUCUGGAUCGUAGUAUUGGCAAGCUUUGUAGGUUAAAUAUGCGUGAGGGAAACGGAACCGAGAUGAAGGAAAUAACUUAAUGUGUGAAGUGGGGAAAUUAUCUGCGAAAUUUACAGCCGGAAUUGUUGGAACUGUUUUAUAGCAGUAUGAAAGAUUUUAAUUAAAUUUUGGUUGAUAUAGGAAUCCCAAGAAAAUGAGCGCAGAUAUGGCUAAUUACACCAAUUGUAUCAGCUCAAUUCAUUCUCCGAAUGAAGAAUUGAAGCAGCUUGAGAAUUCUGGACCAUCAGUGACAGAGCAGAGUGGAAGUGGUGUUGUGGUUGAAAAUGACUCAAAUCUAGAAGCCAAUUUGUCAGAAAUAGAAGCAGAAGUUAGUGUGUCUGAUAAUACCCAAAGCACAAGAUCAACAAAUGGAGACACACAUGAAAGUGUUGACAAGGGUAAAGAAGAAGAAGAAUGGCUUGAUAUCUUAGGCAGUGGGCAGCUCAAGAAGAAAGUACUGAAACGUGCAGAAAAUGGUUACAGACCCCAGCGCUCACAUAUAUGUGAAAUUAAUUUACAAGGUUCACUACCGGACGGCACUAUAAUUGAUAAGCAUGAUCAUCUUAGUAUUCAGAUUGGUGAUGCAGAGGUGGUUCAGGGCUUGGAUCUUGCUUUACCACUUAUGGAUGUUGGAGAAGUGGCCCUUUUGGAAGUGGGACCACGAUUUGCAUAUGGUUCUCAGGGCCGAGAGCCUGAUAUCCCAUGUGAUGUAACAGUCAUGUACACCGUGGAGCUGCUUAGUUCUGAACCGGAACCUGAAAUAGAAACAUUGCCCACUGCAACACGGAGAGAAACUGGAUGUCGCAAGAGGGAGCGAGGAAAUUGGUGGUAUACUCGUCAAGAACACACACUUGCUAUCCAGUGCUAUCGGCGUGCCCUUGAUUAUCUCGAUGACAUUGAAGGUGGAAUAACUCUUAAAAGUGGAGAAGAGGACAGCAGCAGUCAGGGAACAGAACAAGAGUUACAUGAGCUGCUGGAAGAUCGUCUGAAAGUGUACAACAAUCUGGCAGCAGCACAGAUGAAAAUCAAGGCAUAUGAUGCAGCACUGCAGUCUGUUGAAAAUGUUCUGCGUUGCCAUCCUAACAAUGUUAAGGCAAUCUUUAGGAAAGGCAAGAUUCUGGCUGCAAAAGGAGAGAACUCAAGUGCAGUGGCAGCUCUUCGAUUGGCCAGCCAGUUGGAACCAAAUAAUUCAAUGAUCCGACAGGAGUUAAUACGGAUGUUGACAUUACAUAAAGAGGACAUACAGCAUGAGAAGAACUUGUAUAAGAAGAUGCUUGGACAGGACAAGGGCCCUGAAAACCUACCCAAGGAUAAGAAAGUAGUGAUUCCUUGGGGUAUUCUGUUUGGUACAUUGGCUGUCCUGGUGGCAGGAUUCAUGGCCUAUCGAUAUAAGUUGUUAUAAAGUUGGCAGCUGUUUGAGGUGGACUCUUCUGUUAUGUAUGUUGAAGGCUGGAAAUGUGAUUGGUGUGACAUGUUGAGCCUUGAUUCACAUUCCAUAAUGAAGUGUUCAUGCUUUGCAUUAUCAUAUACUUUGUCCUGAUUUUCAACUGUUUUGUUAUCCUUUCCUUUGAAGGAAUUUGUUGUUUGUAUGUGUUCUAAAAAUAUUAAUAUCUGGAAUAUUCAGUUUGCAUAAUCAUUUAUUUUCUCUAUGAAACAACUCUAUUUUAUACUAAGUGCUGAUUAUUAAAGUGUAAGUUAAUUUUUCUAUGCCAGCUUAGCGGUUUUCCUUAAAUUUGUAAAUGUAGACCCAUUGCUGACUGUCGUCUCUUAAACAGCAUGUACUGUUCAGGACUCACAACUGUGGCCAUGGUUGCAGUAAUGAUAGACACUCUUCCCCUGCCAGAUAUAUGAAACCAUAAUCAUACCUCCAAAAUGUUGACAGUGCUGCCCACAUGCAAACAGUGCAAAGACCCAAGAGUAGAGUCAACACCAAGAUGGGAGCAAGAUAAGAUAACCAAUAAAUUUUAAUCAACAUAAAAAUGUUUCUGAAAUUGUAUAUUUCUUUUGUAUAAAUACCAGAAAUAAGUGUUUUCAUACAUAUUAAAAAUAAAUAUGCUUCAAGAGA